GGAACUUUCAAUUCCACAUCAUCUUCCCAGUCCAGAUGCAGCUGUUCAGGGCUACUAGACUGACAUUAUGGCUGCUGCUACUUGGCGUACAGUUGACCUCUUCCGGAACCCACUUGCUGAUCCCAGCGCCAUGUCAAUGCUAUCCCUUUGAAAUCUAUGUGGCCAUGGAUAGAACGAAUGCUGUCAAUCAGUUGGAGCCAUACACAAUGCUCCAAAAUCCAAAUGGCCCACAAAUACGCCUCAUGCAGAGCAUCACGGCCCAGCGAUUGCAACUCCGCUGGUGGUUUGUGCUGCUCGAGACUGUUUUUCUGUAUAUUGUGAUGCAUUUGCUGCAAUUGUGAAACAUUUCUUGGGGGGGAAUUGCAUAAGAACCGAACCCCAUCUUAAGUGUUUUUAGCUUGUAAUUGUGAAUUGUGUAAAUUAUGUAAACAAAAACUAACUACCAACUACUGUUGUAUAUUGUCACACACACUGAGCGCAUAAAUCACAACGAAAAUUUAAA